UGCUACAGCUGCGUGAUGUCGCGACGGGCCUUGAGGCGGCUGAGGGGGGAGUCGCGGGGCCAGGCGCUGCUGGAGGAGGAGGCCCCGCCGCCGCCGCCGCCCUCGGGGGGUCCCGAAGGGGGAAGAGGCGGCGAGGAGGAGGAGGAGGAGGAGGAAGGCGGGGAGCGGCUGUCGCGGCCAGGCUGCAGGAGGCGGAGGCGGGGGCAGCACGAGCCGGCGGGUCGGGUCGCCAACCUCUUCGAGCUGAUAACCAAUGAAGAACCAGAGGAUGAUUUAGCAUCCAAAGAGGUGAAAGAUGAUUCCAGGCUGCAGGAGGAAGAUGACGCAGAGGCAGGACCUGGAGGUCUGGAGACUGACAGGCGGAAAGAAGGAGAAGAGGCAGAACAACCGGACCAAAUGCCUGUUUCAAAUAACAAAUCACGGAAAAAAAAGAAGAAAAGAAAGAAUAAGAAGAAUGCAUCAGGCGAGACUCUGUGCGCUCCAGAUGAAGACAACUCCGAAGACAUCGAGAGCAUCCUGGUGAGGAUUGAGAAUUCCAACGGGCCGUCAUGCCAAAGCCAGAGCAGAGUGGUCACAGAUAGUCGACCUCUGCUUUACGUGGAGCACAGGAACUUGAAUCCAGAAACUGAGCUGAAGCGAUAUUUUGGGGCCCGAGCGGUUCUUGGUGAUCAGAGGCCGAGGACAAGGCAGCGCCAGUACGUCCGCAGCACGUGGCUGACAGCGCCCAAGAACACUUGGCCACGCCAUAGCAAAACAGGUAUAUCCAUGGCGCUGCUAGAGACGAAACGGGGGGUGCAGCACUUCGCCUUUGAGCACCAUCGGGAAUACCAGCAAGUGCAGUUCAAAUUCUUGGAUGCUGUGGAGUCCAUGGACCCAAACAAUCUUGUGCUUUUGCUCCAGAUGAACCCGUCUCACGUGGACUCGCUCCUGCAGCUCAGCGAUGUGUGUCGGAUGCAGGAAGACCAGGAGAUGGCCAGAGACCUCGUCGAGAGGGCCCUUUAUACCCUGGAGUGCGCCUUCCACCCGAUGUUCAGCCUCACCAGUGGGAUAUGCAGGCUGGACUACCGGAGGCCUGAGAACAGAGCUUUCUACCUAGCUCUCUUCAAGCACAUGAUUUUCCUCGAGAGGAGAGGUUGCCCUCGCACCGCCCUGGAAUUCUGCAAACUUCUCCUAAGCCUUGAUCCAGAGAACGACCCGCUGUGCAUGCUGCUGGUCAUCGAUUUGCUGUCGCUCCGAGCGAAAGAAUACGCCUUCCUGACACGCGUGUUCCAGGAGUGGGAGGGUCAUCGGAACCUGUCCCAGCUCCCAAACUUUGCUUUCUCGGUCCCUCUGGCGUAUUUCUUUCUGAGCCAGCAGGAAGAUCUCUCUGAAGCGGAGCUAAGCCAAGCCCACGAAAGAGCGGCUGGCCUCAUUCAGCAGGCGCUGAUCAUGUUCCCCAGCGUUCUGAUGCCUCUGCUAGAUCGCUGCAGCGUGCAGCCAGACUCCAUGGUGGCCUCUCACGCCUUCUUUGGACUGGAAGCCCAGUUAAGCUCGCCUCCUGCGCUGAACCAGCUGGUCUCCCUCUACCUGGGGAGGACUCAUUCCCUCUGGAAGGACCUGGCUGUCGUGGCCUGGCUGGAGACCAACGUGCACGAGGUGUUGCGGAGGGUGGACUCCAGGGACCCAGCGUUGGAGGAGGCGGAGCACAAGCGAAAGGCGAGGUACCAGAACGCCCCCAGGAACGUCCACCGCCACGUGAUCCUCUCGGAGAUCAGGGAAGCCACGGCCGCGUUGCCUCCAGAAGUGACCUCCCAGCCUAUAAUGGGGUUCGAUCCUCUGCCGCCUCUGGACUCCAUCCUUUCGUACACAAGGCCGGAAAGGGCGGCUCACCUGUCCGAUGAAAGCACUUUAUCUCUUUUCUUUCGCUCGCUGUUGCCAAACUUCAACUUGCAGGGGGAAGUCAGAGCCGGUGGAGAGGAAGAGCCGGGCGCAGGGCAGAACCUCAACCAGGGCGUGAACCGGCUGAUGGCGGCCAUGCGGGACAUGCUGGCGAACAUCCAGUUCCAAGAGCCCCCGCGGGAUGACAACCCUGAAGGGGAUGCAGGAGAGUGGGACUGACCCCUUGCCACCACCACCCCGAACAGCGCACCUACCCCCCCCCCCCCAUGUAAUCUCCCUUGCCGUAAAAUAAACUGCCGUGAGCUA